AUGAAGCCAGACAACAUCAUUGCAAAAUUCAAGCGAUAUGUAGAUCAGUACGUCUCCGAGCGUAGCUGCCGUGGCAUGAGAGGGUACGAGGAUGGGCUUGUUGAUUUUGUUCCCCGAUGCGCGCUGGACAGCUUCUGGGUGGCGGAGAAUGUGGAAGGCGUUCUCCUUGGUCGAGAAGACUGGAUCAAAGACAGCACUUCCACUAUUCAGAGGGGUUACAUCCAAGUCUUCUCCAUCCUCGUCUACAUGUCGCAACCCCAGCACAUUUCGCUUUUCACAGGAGAGUCUAUUCAUGACGGAUUACUACCACUGAGAGAGACACCUCAUGCGUUUUCCGAGGCCGCAGAGAAAAGUAUUUUUGAGGAAUUCGAGAAAGAACAGUGGAGAUUCUGCCCCUUCCUGUUCGAUACCGAAGGGAGAGGCAAACCUCACAAACGACAUCUCCCACCGCUACAGAUCAUCCCUAUCAUCGCCAAAGAACAGAUCAAACACUCAGGGACCAUCUACGACCAGAGAGUCUGCGUUUUCCGAGUAACGCUACAUUCGCUGUGCUUUAACCAGAAGGAGGUGGUCUUCAAAACCUAUUAUGGAGAAGACCCAGAGGUGGUUCAAACCUACGAAAAUGAAGUGAAUAUGUACACGCAGCUGGACGCACAACCGACUCUGUACGAUUCUAUGUCCGUCAUUAGAUAUUUCGGCUCAUUCGAAAUUCCUGGUCUACGAACCGUAAUACUUGAGUACGCCAGAGGCGGGAAUCUGAAGUCUUUCUUCGAAUCGUGUCCUCCUCCUUUAGCUCGUUCAGACCGUGUCCUUUUCUGGAACAACUUGAUGGAUCUAUUGGGCGGUCUGCACGCAAUUCACAACCUCAAGGAAACUCAAGGAGGCAAAGGGUCCUGGGGACUCAGAGGAACUCACCAGGACAUCAGGCCACAAAAUAUCCUGGUCUGCCCUGAUCAGUCUGGCAACGUAUACGCUGCAAAAUUCAAAUUUGUGGAUAUGGGAACUGGGCAUAUUCGUAGGUCAAGAAACCAGGGAAUGGAACUGAACGCCGACGACAACUGGGGUAACGGGAUGUACAGUGCCCCAGAGGCAUACAGGGAUCAUGGAGACUCCAGGGCAAUUCGAUGGGAGAGCGAUGAGGCUUUCAUGAGGGAUCUUUCCAUGACGGAGAUCCAGACGGGCCGUGCCUUCUGA